AGUUUACACACACACACACCCCGCGCGCCCUUUCUAUUGCACAUAAGGAAAGCGGAAUAAUCUCGAGCCAGGCGGGCGGAGGACCAAGAGGUAAAGAGGACGAACAGGACUUUAUUUUCCACUCACUCCGAAGCAAGCGGUGGAGAAGACAGUCAGAGUUAUGGGAGACAUCUGAUGUUUCAUAAAGAUUAAGAACGAAACCACUUAAUUGCAUGGAAUGCAGUAAGUGACUCAGUCAAUGAACACACAAGCUUCACAUCAAUGAACUCAAAGAAUGGAGAAACCAUUUCAAGCUAUGGAGCGUGGAAAAAGCUUCAAUGAUAGUGGGACACCUAGAAAACAUCAACAGACUAACACAGGGAAGAAACCAUUUGAAUGUAUGGAGUGUGGAAAAGGCUUCAUUGGUAGCAAAACACUUAGAAGACAUCAACGAACUCACACAAGGGAGAAACCAUUUCAAUGUAUAGUGUGUAGAAAGAGCUUCAGUAACAGUUCAGACCGUCGUUCUCAUGAACAAACUCACACAGGGAAGAAACCAUUUAAAUGUACGGAGUGUGGAAAGAGCUUCAGACAGAGUUCAAACCUUUAUACACAUCACUUGACUCACACAGGGGAGAAACCAUUUAAAUGUAUGGAGUGUGGAAAUAGCUUCAGACAGAUGUCAUACCUUCACGCACAUCAACGUACUCACACAGGGGAGAAACCAUUUAAAUGUAUGGAGUGUGGAAAGAGCUUCAGGCGGUGUACAGAGCUUGACAUACAUCAAAGGACCCACACAGGGGAGAAACCAUUUAAAUGUACGGAGUGUGGAAAAUGCUUCAGCCAGUCGGCACACCUUCAUGUACAUCAACGAACGCACACAGGAGAGAAACCAUUUAAAUGCAUGGAGUGUGAAAAGAGCUUCAGGGACAGUUCACACCUGCGUUCACAUAAACGAACUCACACAGGGGAGAAACCAUUUGAAUGCAUAGAGUGUGGAAAGAGCUUCAGCUUUAGUGGAUCACUUAGAAAACACCAACAGAUUCACACAGGGGAAAAACCAUUUGAAUGCAUGGAGUGUGGAAAGUCCUUCAGUGCGAGUUCAUACCUUCGUACACAUGAACGAUCUCACACAGCAGAAAAACCAUUUAAAUGCACGGAGUGUGGAAAGUGCUUCAGUCAGAGUUCAAACCUUAGGACACAUCAAUUGACCCACACAGGAGAGAAGCCAUUCAAAUGUAUGGAGUGUGGAAAGAGCUUUGCGCAGAGUGCAGUCCUUGGUAGACAUCAACGGACUCACACAGGAGAGAAGCCAUUCAAAUGUAUGGAGUGUGGAAAGAGCUUCACUCAGGGUGGAGUACUUAGAAUUCAUCAACGGAUUCACAGAGGGGAGAAACCAUUUGAAUGUAUGGAGUGUGGAAAGAGCUUCAGUGACAAUGGAACACUUAGAAAACAUCAACGGAUUCACACAGGGGAGAAACCAUAUAAAUGUAUGAAAUGUGGAAAGAGCUUCAUUGACAGUGGAAGCCUUAGAGGACAUAGACGGAUUCACACAGGGGAGAAACCAUAUAAAUGUAUGGAGUGUGGAAAGAGCUACAGUCAAAGUGGAACACUUAGAAUUCAUCAGCGGACUCACACAGGGGAGAAACCAUUUGAAUGUUUGGAGUGUGGAAAGAGCUUCAGUGACAGUGGAGCACUUAGAAAACAUCAACGGAUUCACACAGGCGAGAAACCAUUUAAAUGCAUGGAGUGUGGAAAGAGCUUCAGUGAGAGUGGGAAACUUCGACUACACCACCGAACUCACACAGGGGAGAAACCAUUUGAAUGCAUGGAGUGUGGAAAGAGCUUCAGUGACAGUGGAGCACUUAGAAAACAUCAACGGAUUCACACAGGCGAGAAACCAUUUCAAUGCAUGGAGUGUGGAAAAAGCUUCACUGACAGUGGAGCUCUUGGAAAACAUCAACGAAUUCACACAGGCGAGAAACGAUUUCAUUGCAUGGAGUGUGGAAAAAGCUUCCGUCACAGUGGAACACUUAAAAAACAUCAACGGAUUCACAUGGAAAAACCAUUUCAAUGCAUGGAGUGCAGAAAGAGCUUCAGUGACAGUUCACACCUUCGUUCACAUGAACGAACUCACCCAGGGGAGAAACCAUGAACAAUGCGUUAUUCAGGAAUGAGCAAAUAGUGAAGAAGGUCCAAAAGACUUUAAUGGAUUACUUUGAUUUAAAUAUGAAUACAGCAACAGUCUUGAGGGUCGUUUGGGGCGCUUGUAAAGCAGUCAUGACAGCAAGAUUACGUGACCCAGGAGAGGAAUCGGUGCAGGAAGAUUGGAAGCAAUUUAGAUGUUAUUUGAAAAAUUUUUGUAUUUAAAUUCUAGAUAUGUUAGUGAAGUAGUUAUAGGCUUUCAGUAAGGAAAAGACUGUAUAAAAUGGAAAGAAAUAUUAGAAGGUGAUUGUAUAUGAAAUUGCCAACGAAGAUUGACAAUGAAAUCCAGAAGGAGAUUGAGGGAAGUCGCUUUUAAGAGGUGAGAGGAAGUAUGUUAGUAAUAUAUAAGAUUUUUUUGUUUU